AUGCGGCCAAUUCCCGAGGCGCUGGGAGCUCUCCUCACCUUGGAGACACUUGUCAGUCGUCUCAUCGGCCCCAUCCCGCCGGAGCUCGGCAACCUCGCAGCACUACAGUACCUCAAUUUUCGGAGCAACCAGCUGACCGGUCCCAUCCCUGUGGAGCUUGGACGGCUCGCCGUACUGGAGUACCUCAGCCUUGGGGGGAACGAGCUAACUGGUUCCAUCCCGCCGGAGCUUGGAGAGCUCGCCGCGCUGCAGAACCUCGCCCUCUCGGAUAACCAGCUAACCGGUUCCAUCCCGCCGGAGCUUGGAAACCUCACAGAGCUCAAGCAACUGUGGCUCCAGAUCAACGAGCUCACAGGUCCCAUCCCUGUGGAGCUUGGACGGCUCGCCGUACUGGCGUACCUCGACCUUGGGGCGAACGAGCUAACUGGCCACAUUCCGCCGCAGCUGGGAGAUCUUGGUGCUCUCAAGUCCCUCAGCCUCUUCAACAACAAAUUAGGCGGCAACAUCCCGCCAGAGCUAGGAAAUCUCCGACAGCUGCAGAAGCUGUGGCUCAGCGACAACCACCUCACAGGCCCCAUCCCGCGGGAGCUCGGGAACCUCGCAGCGCUACAAUACCUCAGCCUUGCAAAGAACGAGCUAAGCGGCUACAUUCCGCCGCAGCUGGGAGAUCUUGGUGCUCUCAAGUCCCUCAGCCUCUUCGACAACAAGUUAGGCGGUUUCAUCCCCAAGGUGCUGGGAGCCCUGGGCAAGUCGCAGGCACUUCGGCUCAGCAGCAACGACCUUACUGGAUUAUGA